UCCUGCAGUGAAGCAACUUCCGGCUCCGGGACCCGCUGCCGGGACCCGUCUUGCGGACCACGCGGUGCUCGGAGGGGCGAUGCGGCCGCUGACGGAGGAGGAGACCCGCGUCCUCUUCGAGAAGCUUGCCCGAUACGUCGGCGAGAACAUCCAGCUGCUGGUGGACCGGCCGGACGGCACCUACUGCUUCCGCCUGCACAAGGACCGCGUCUUCUACCUCAGCGAGAGACUGCUGAAACUAGCUACAAAUAUUCCACGGGACAACCUGGUGUCGCUGGGCUCCUGUUUUGGAAAAUUCACCAAGACCCAGAAAUUCCGGCUCCAUAUCACUGCUCUGGAUUACCUCGCCCCUUAUGCCAAGUACAAAGUCUGGGUGAAGCCUGGGGCAGAGCAGUCUUUCCUUUAUGGGAACCACCUCUUGAAAUCUGGUCUGGGGCGCAUCACUGAGAGCACUGCUCAGUACCAAGGAGUGGUGGUGUAUUCUAUGGCUGAUGUUCCUCUGGGAUUUGGGGUGGCAGCCAAAACCACCCAGGAGUGUCGAAAAGUGGAUCCCAUGGCAAUUGUAGUAUUUCAUCAAGCAGAUAUAGGCGAGUACAUACGACACGAGGAGACGCUGACUUAAUAAACAGGGCUGAAUUCCUCCCACCCUCUCUGGCAGCCUGAAACCUUAAAAACCACUGUGGUUUGGAUUAUUUGAGCCCCUUUUUGUGUAACCUGGAAGGACAUGUGACCAGUACCAGAGCUUGCUAGUUGGACAUCUUGUAAAAUUUUGGGAUGAAGCUACAAUUCCUAGUUUUAUUAUUUGUUAUUCGCAAUGUUGUGCUCAUGUUGAGCUCUGGGAGCUGAUAAAGAUGCCAUUUCUGUUA